AUGUCGUACAAGACUACGCGCCCUCUCGUUGCACCGCCUGACGCCGAAUCGAUACAAGCAACAUUCGUUGCCGUCGACGAGUUCCCCGACUGGCUGGCGAGACACCGUGCGACGAUCAAUUGGCCGCGCCACAUCAAUUAACGCCCAGCGUUUGCCCAAAGAUGGCUCAUCGACCCGGCCGAGGCGACCGACACUCGACUUGGGACUCGACGGCGCAGACAGUCGCAUACAGAGAUCUACUUUGACCAACCUCGAGUCCAUGUUGCGUACCGGAAAUCGCUUUGGGAGGGAGCUCGCACCUGCCAAAGCUCGCGCAGGUUGGGAUACGGCCGAAGAGACGGUCCUGCGCCUCUGCCUACCACCAAGCCGAGACCGACGCACCCACAACCGUCCUACGUCGAGCACGGACGUGGCGAUGCUUAUCUGCGAUUCCUACACGGGAGAUCGUGGACCGCAUGACCUUUAUCUCCAAAGGCACAGUGAUCGAUGUCCUGACUUGGUCGGCCCAAGUACCAAAUCGUUAGCUCGCUCCAUCUGUCUGCGAUGCCUCUCCGUUACCCACUACUCUUACCCGCAGAGGAAGAUAGCUUCCACCUCAACACUCCUCUUUGCGGGUUCCACCAACCUGGGCCGCCGAUCUGCAAAAACUGAAAGCAGAAUCCACAAUGGUGUCCGCUUGUCGGUUUCGGUCUUGAUGUCGAAGGCGAAGAGGAGGACGAAGACCGCGAUGAUGAGGAUGAAGACGGCGAGGAAUGAACGUAAGCGCUUUCGGCUCAUUUUUACGUGUUCCUUUCUGUUGAGACGCAAGCACAGACUGACAUAGAAUGUUUGAACAUCUAGCACGAAGGUCAAGGAGAAGGGGUCGAGUGGAUCAACCCAAGUCUCGCAUUUCCCGCAUUGCACCCAGCGUCUCUUCCCCGAGUCCGUGAUCGACGGAGACUUCCAAGCCGACACCGAUCGGCUAAACUACAUCCAGUAUCACCAAGAACGCUUGCGCCUCACCACGGCACAAGGUGUCACCAACGCUAUACUAAUCCUAAUCGAAUUGGACGUUCGGUGA